AUGGUAUGGUGGUUUCAUACGCUGAUGACACCGUCGUGGUCUUUGUGGCGGAACAUGGGAGAGAAGAAACUUAUUGGACUUUGCACAGAUGGCGUACCUGCAAUGAUAGGUGUACAAUCGGGAUUAGCUAAAAAGCUCAAGGAAAAAGAUUACGCAAUGGUUAGUACACAUUGUGUUAUUCAUCUUCAAGCUUUGGCUUCCAAAACAUUGCCACAGAAAUUACGCCAGACUUUGUACUCGGCUAUAAGGAUUGUAAACUACAACAAGAGCAGCGCUUUGAACAGUCGGUUAUUUACUUUACUUGCGAGGAUCUCGAUUCUGAUCACAAAGUUCUUCUGUUCCACACAGAAGUACGCUGGCUGUCCAAAGGCAACAUGUUUGGAUCGCCUUUAUAAAUUGAAAGAAGAGGCUCUUUUUCUUGAGUCCAAAGAAAAACACGAUUUCUUGAUGUUCAAAAAUUACACAUUUCAAUGGAGGUUGGCUUAUUUAACUGACAUAUUUGACUCCUUGAAUGAGCCAAACUUGAAACUUCAGAGCAGAAACAACAUUAUAAUAAGCAAUUACGGUUAUAUUCAGGGUUCAUAUCAAAGCUUCAACUUUGGAAUCAAAAAGUGUCUUCUGAUAAUGUUAUAUGUUUUUCUCGGCUGUUUGAAGCAAUUAAAAAUAACAUACUGGACACAAAUUAAAAAGCUCAUUUGCAACGCUGGAAGACGAAUUGCGCCGAUACUAUCGAGACAUCAAUAG